AUGGCUACCGCAACUAUUCUCCCCCCAGCCCUCAAAAAGGGUGACACCAUCGCCUUCGUGUCACCCUCUGCGCGUCUGAACCAAGUCCUCCCGACGCCGAUCGAGCGGGGAAAGACCUUCCUUGAGUCCCUGGGGUUCAAAGUCAAGGUCAUUUAUACCCCCGUGUCAUCUCGGAUGGCUGAAUCCGUCCGGGUUCGGUGCGAGGAGCUGCACGAAGCCUUCCGUGAUGAAGCCGUGACAGCCAUCAUCUGCACGAUCGGCGGGUCUCAUGCGAACGAAAUGCUGCCGUUUCUCGACUACUCGUUGAUCCAGGCAAACCCCAAGAUCUUCGUGGGCUACAGCGACACCACGUUUCUCCACUACGCAAUCGAGUCACGCACGGGUUUGCGCACAUUCUACGGCCCCAGCGUGCUGACAGAUCUGUCCGACUCGCCGCACCCGAUCCAGUUCACAGUCGACCAUUUCCUACACGUCCUGGGCGGCACUGGAGAACCCGUGGGCCCCGUGCCUCGCUCACCGACGUUCUCAGUCGAACAUAACGACUUCUUACUGCAUGGGGAACUCUCUGAACAGCCUCGUCAGAUGGUGGAGUCGCCCCCGUGGCGGUGGGUGCGCAAAGGCCGUGCGACCGGCCAUCUCUACGGUGGGACGGCGAGCUGCGUGACGCGACUGCACGGAACGGCGUAUUCUCCUGCCUCGUGGAAGGGCAAGGUUCUCUUUCUCGAGUCCUCCAUGGGUGACAACACCCAGGUUCCGUACAGCGUCGACAGGUUUCGCGGAAGCCUGGUCGAUCUGGCUCUGGGCGGCGUACUCGGCGAUAUCAGUGGCUUGGUCAUCGGACGGGGAUAUAAAUACGAUGCCAGCAUGCAGGACGAACUUGCCGAGGCCAUCACAGACGUAUUUGAGCUCAUUGUCGGCCGUGAUCGCAACGACGAGCUGCCCGUCCUGAUGAAUGUCGACUUCGGCCAUACCAGUCCCCUCCUGACAUUGCCUAUGGGUGCCCUCGUCAGGCUUGAUUCCGAGUCGGACGAGUUUACCAUCUUGGAAUCUGGUGUUCACAUUAAUUAA